ACUUGGUGUCCAGGGGAGGCCCCCGGCGGCUGGAGCGCGGCGGCAGCGGGCGCAGAGGCCGGAGGGAGAGGAGGCGAGGGGCGGCCUGAGCGCGGGGCGGGAGCGAGGCCAGCGGUCAUGUGCCCGUGCCCCCUGCACCGCGGCCGCGGCCCCCCGGCCGUUUGCGCCUGCAGCGCGGGUCGCCUGGGGCUGCGCUCGUCCGCCGCGCAGCUCACCGCCGCCCGGCUCAAGGCGCUCGGCGACGAGCUGCACCAGCGCACCAUGUGGCGGCGCCGCGCGCGGAGCCGGAGGGCGCCGGCGCCCAGCGCGCUCCCCACCUACUGGCCCUGGCUGUGCGCGGCCGCGCAGGUGGCGGCGCUGGCGGCCUGGCUGCUCGGCAGGCGGAACUUGUAGGAACGCGGGGCUUCUUGGUGGGGCCGGAGCCGAGACCCAGCCGGAGCGAGCAACAGUUGGAGAAGCCAGGGGCUCCCGCGACUGAAUGGGGCCAGGCUGAGGCUGCCCAAUCCCGGGAACUGGAAGAACACUUCGGAUGAUCUCGGGGAGCAGAAAAAGGAAGUUGAGCGACAGACGCGAAGCCCAAAGAGUGGAAUUUGGGAAGAGGCAGAAAAAAAGUUGGUGAAAACCCUGUGUCCUUGGAGAAAGCUGGUUCCCGUUUUCCAGAGGGGAAGCCCAGAGCUUGAAAGGCCGCGGUUGGCACUUCGAGAAGGAAGUGGAGAGUAAAGACAGCGCGUGGAGCGAUCGUGGAAACACAGAAUGGGACUGGGGAAGCCCUUUGGAAAUCCAGCUGCAGAAACAGACACCCCAAUGCUAUUUACAUACAGCUCUCUCUAUAUAUAUAUAAAAAGAAAAUAUGAAUAUUACGUAUCAGUGCAUGCCUUGUUGAGGACGUGGUCGCCUUCCUUUUCUGCACCUUGCAAAGUGAACUUUGAUAUUCUGUAAUGUCUGGGGCGCCAGAAGAGAGAUGCCUGCUGUGUACUUAGAAACUAUUUGCAAAGACUGGUGGGAAUUAGCCCCAGCGUCGGCCAACUCCCUGGGGAUAGAUGCUGGCGGAAUGAGAGGUAACAGUGCAAAAGGCAUGAUAGAAAGAAAAAAAAAGUGAGGACUUGGGGCCAGUUGUGUAGGAGCAGUCUGGGAUGCCUCCAUUUCUUGACACGUCCUAGCCUCUCCCUCUGUACUGUCCUAGGUCAAUCGUUAGAUCCCACUGUCGUGUCAAGAGAAAUGGGAUUUUUGUGUCUCUGGUGCUUCACUUAAAAUUUUGCUGGUGCUAAGUGCGUUCCUGCUGGUGCUGCUGUGGUGUUUUGUUGACAGACCUGGAAGAGCAGGGGACAAGAGAGAUUUCUAUUUUGCUGUUUCAGAUUUUUUUUUUUUUUAAGGGACAAGUUGCAAAAGAACUACUUGAGAGUCUCUUCUCUUUCUCUAUGUGGAGACGAAUAUCCAGAGGUGGUUUGGAGCAAAUCUUGGGGUCUAGGAGGGAGGGUGGUGUUUAGAGGCUUGCUGGUUAUGAGGCGGAAAGCUGACCUCAUGCAUGACUUGGCUGCUGUCUCCCCUACCCCCACAAAAGUGUCCUCGGAGUUCAGCCCACAGCCUCCUCCACUCCCCAAGGGGGUUUCAGGGCUUAGGUUUUAUGGAUUAAAGAGCCAAGAAAUGGCUACAUUCUGGUCAAAGAUGAUUUAUAACCAGGGGACGUUGGGAGAGGGAGCAGGCCAUUGAAAUGAAAUGCACCAGCAUCUCACUGAUUGACAGAGGUCUGAUUUUUUUCCCCCAAGGAUAAGCUACUAUUUUCAGAAGUUUCUAGAAGGGCUAAAAAAAAAAAAAGAU